UAAGUAUAAAUCAGGUUUUACAGGAGUAAAGACGUUUACUUCGUGUGCUCCUAAACCAUGUGGGAACUAAUAGUACUUUUCUCCCUUCCAUUAUCCAUCCUGGGAGAAUCUAUUGAAAUUUUAUUUGAUGGUGGACCAGACAAUGUAAGUGUGACAUGUGAUACCCAGGAUGGAAACUGGACUUGUUAUGAGCAGAGGGUUCAAUCCUAUGGUUCGAUAUCAUACAACUGUUCUGAGACGGUUUAUACCUCGGAUAAAGAUAUGAUCAGUAACCAUUGCAACUAUGAUGAUGAGUUCACUUUAUGGAGAUGUAAGAAAGAUUUUGAGGAUUAUAUAUCAGAGGUAUGUGAGGUGCGCGGAAUGGCAUCUAGUGCUAGUAUUGACAGAUUAUCGGUAUCAGAAGAACCUUUUUCUCAAGUUCUACUCUCAUCAGAGUUCUCCGAAACAUGUCCUGAGGACAAGAUCUGCUACAAUACCAGCGAGAGAAAAUGCUGCCCGCUUAUGCUUAUAGAUCAUCAGUAUAAAUGCCCGCGGUCUUGUUGAAGAUCCUUGUUAAAUAUUUCUAAAAAGGAACCGUGACAUUCCAAUUAUAUAGAGUUGCAUGUACAGUUGACUACGGUUCCCUUAAAAGUUUUGUCUAAUCAGUUAUAAUUUAGAUAUGUAUGUUAUGCUUUAUAUAAACUGAUUUUUUUUGCGUAUUUUCUUGUAGAAACAAUAAAGGAAUUGUUAGAAUCAAA